AUGAAGAAAUCUUUUUCAAGAAGAAGUGAUAUUCUUCAUGUGAACAACAUGACAUUGUUAAUUAUUCUGGUUGGUAUUGUCUCUUAUCAUCUGGUCAAUGGUCAUGCUAUCCAUGGUGCAGCAAAUCCUACAGAUUGGUGCAGAAAAUAUCUUCAAACAUCACAUCAAUCAUUGAGUAAAGCGUUUGAUGUACCUCAUUUAAUUAUACACUUGAAUGAACAUUUGAAUACAACAUAUUCCACAUUACCAACAUCACAUGUUUAUGAUAACAUUAAAGGAUAUCUUAAUAACAAGACUGAAGCGAAUUUUCACUUGAUGUGUUUGGAACUUUAUAGGGUGGUAGCUGAGUCGAAGAAUAAUUCAAUGGGACAUGGACAUGAAGUAUUGAGCUUAUAUGGACUCUGGAAUAUACGACCAAAAGUAUGGAUCGCUUCACUUAUAUCUAUUCUUGUGAUCAGUGCAGUUGGAUUAUUAGGCGUUGGCGUUGUACCAUUAGUACAAAAGGUAUUUUACAAUCAAGUGAUUCAAUAUCUAGUCGCACUGGCUGUUGGCACACUAACUGGUGAUGCUAUGCUACAUUUAUUACCACAUGCCAUUAGUGGUGGACAGGGACAUAGUCAUGGAGAAGAAGCCACUGGUGAGGGGGACAGUGAACGUACAGCCAUCAUGAAAGGUUUAGUGGCAUUGGGUGGUGUUUACUUUUUUUUCAUGGCGGAGAAAAUUUUAAGUUUAACUUCUGAAUAUCGAGCUGAGAAAAAGCUUGAAAAAGAAGAUCGUGAAAGAGCUUUACAGAAUCUACCUGUAGCGCCUGGAGGUCGUCGUCUAAGUUCAGUAAGAACAUCAUUAGUGCCAGGUGGACACCUACCCGUCCCAGGACAAGCAAGACGUUUGUCUCAAUUUGAUCCAAAUAUGUGUAGAAGAGCAUCAAGAGCUAUGUCAAUGGCUAAUGAAGAUAUACUUGUCACAGGGUUAAGCAGUAAAGCUAUGAAAUCAAUCGACAUACUUUAUAGUUAUGCAGAAGAAUACGAUGAAUUGACAAGAAGAUGUUCAGAUGAUUCUUCUAUUGAGCAUCCAUUAGUUAAAAGUGAAUUACAGUUGGGCAGCCGUGGAAUAAACAAGCCUAAACAAGCCAGUGACACAACAUUAUCAACUAAAGAUGAUAGUCAACACGACAGUCAACAAUCUCAACAAGUGAAUACGUCAACAAUAAAUGUUCCAAAGAUUACAAUCGAAGUAGAACAAGACGAUGAGAAACGAAUGGAAUCAAAACUGAAGCCAACUGAAUCAACUGAUCAUCGUGAAGAGGAAGAGGAUAAAACAAACGCUAAAGGACAUGGUCAUGGUCAUGGCCAUGGUCAUACACACGAGGUUCCAGAAUCUGUAGCCGCCGUAGCCUGGAUGGUCAUUAUGGGUGAUGGUCUGCACAAUUUUACGGAUGGAAUGGCUAUUGGUGCUGCUUUUGCCCAAAGUAUUUCUGGCGGCCUCAGUACAAGUGUUGCUGUCUUUUGUCAUGAAUUACCGCAUGAAUUAGGUGAUUUUGCUGUUCUCCUGAAAACUGGUAUGAGAAUUAAAGAGGCAAUGUUUUUCAAUAUUGUCUCAUCAAUACUUUGUUUAUUUGGUAUGUUAGUUGGUAUUGCUGUGGGUAAUAUUGAAUCAGCAAGUUAUUGGAUAUUUGCUAUUACUGCUGGAACAUUUAUAUAUAUUGCACUUGUUGAUAUGCUACCAGAACUCAAUACAGUGGAACUAAGACCAGGUCAAACACGUAUUGGACAACUAGCUAUACAAGUAGCUGGAUUGACAACUGGGGUUGGUAUCAUGCUGGUCAUUGCGUUAUUUGAAGAUUCUAUACGUGUAUUUGUUGACUAG